AACGGGCUUCCGUAGUAUUUGUGUUCAUUUUAUUAAGAGUGAUCACAGGAGCUGUCACGCCAAUUUUCUUCCCAUUACAAAAACCUUCCUAGCCCCCAUUUACUUCCGGGGUCAUUUCCGCUUACGUCAUUUCCUCUUACAUACGUCAUUUCCUCUUACUGCCCGUCGCUAGGGUUUUUUAUUUUUUAUAAUAUAGUCAUUUCCUCUUACGUCAUUGACAGCGAUCGAUAGAAUCGAUAGAAUCCAAAUCUCAUGAAAAUGGUGGUGUCACUGAAUGAUAUUCGUCUUUAUCUUUCCCAGGGGACUUAUGUCAAACACCAGCAGGCUUCGAAACAUUUCAAGCGGAGUGUUAGGGCCGCUGCUGGGAACUUCUGUCUUCGUGAAGAGGUCCUGUACAAUGGGAACAGAAGGGUCAUUUGGACAGAGGAGAAAGUGGCUGUGUUAACCGAAGCCCAUGCAGGCCAUUUUGGACCACGGAGGAUGCAAGCGAAGAUUGCUCCCCGGUUUUAUUGGCGGUCCAUCACACAGGACACAUUGGAUUGGGUGCGCACAUGUCCUGACUGCCAGCGCUUUGAAAAGUUAAAGACAGAGGCGCCUGAGCUGAAGCCCGUCAAGGUCGUAUCACCUUGGUACAUGGUUGGCCUUGAGGGACAUUUUCUUUACUCAUGGUUUGCCUGAAGUUAUCCUCACUGACCAGGGCACUGAAUUCAAGAAAGAGAGUUAUGGAGGUUCUUCCAAACAAUAUGGUUAGGCUGGAGACCCUGGAUGGGAAGCCCAAGCAUAUGAUGACCCCGUAUGCAUCACUGAAACCUCUGCGCCCGAGGACUCACCCUGGCUGGCCAAAGGAUUCCCCUUCAGCCCCUGUGCUUCCAGGAGAUGCUGAAAUGCUGACUUCAUCAUCGGAGGAGGAAACUGAGUGUCAUUGUUUCACGGACCAUACAUAUGCUGGCCCCACAUCACCCUGGAAAAAGGAGCUGCACCCCGACCAGAAACAACUGCUCGAGUAUGUUUUGGCCUGCGAUCGUCCAGCUAUGGAGCUGAUCGUUAAAGAGGGAGGGGUGUGUUUAACCCGAGAAGAGUUUUGGUCUCUCGGGUUGUCCAGAGACAUGGACUCCACGAUUGGAAAUGCUUGCCUCCAGUUGGUUCAGGAAGCUGCUCAGAGACAUGGCAAAGAUGUCUUCAUUGCCAACAUGUAUAUUGUACCAACGUGGAAGCACAAAGACGUCGAUCCAAUGUCAAGCCUUCCAAGGGAUGCACAUCUAAAGGAUGCACUCCUCUUCCCAGCGUGGAGCAAGCACAACAUUACCUUCUCUGUGAGCAUUGCACAGCACAUCAUCCCAGGAAGCUGGAGUGAGCUCACUGGAAAAGACAUGCAGGAGAUCCCACGCCAGACCUCGGGGAAUGACUGUGGUGUUUUCAUGCUCAUGUACUCCCUCUGGCUCUGUACGGACACUACUUUUCACUACAGUGUGCUGGACAUGCAGUCAAUCCGGCGUUGGUGGUGUGUCCUUCUAAUGGAGCGCUUUGGCAUUGAAGGGUGGCGACUUGUCCAGGGUGUACCCUGCCUUCCGCCCGAAUGCAGCUGAGAUAGGCUACAGCGACCCCCCGCGACCCCAAAAAGGGACAAGCGGUAGAAAAUGGAUGGAUGGAUGGAUGGAUGGAUUAGUAACUGUAAUCUGAAGAGCUUUUCUUCAAUUUCCCCAAAGGCAUGGCCAGAGGUUCUGUUAUUGGACAGACAAGGCGAGCGGCCUAUUGCAGGGCAUUCUUCAGCCAGUCUUUAGGGUAUCCAGAACUCAGUCCAGGCCAUCGACUGCGUCAUCAAAGAUGAACUGAAUACAGU